GUUAUUCGUUCGGGCUGCGGAUGGCCAAAGCUGCAAUGCCGCAACAUGCCGUCCCACCUUCCGCUGAGCUGGGCUUUUCUCCUUAGUGCAACCUGGUCACGCACACUUCCGGACAAGAAUGAGCUGGCCAACGCGUGCUACUUCACCUAUCGAGUUGGAUACGUGAUUUGUGAUGCCAGUUUAGGGCCCGAGGCGGCUCAAAAAGAGAUGGAGGCUGGUCGAUGCAACGCGGACUUCCGAUUGAUGGGUUCUGACUUCCAGCGAUUGGUGCUGAAGCACUACAUGGAAGGAGGUCGGCCUCCCUUGGAAGAGGCUAUGUGGCUUUUGACCUCAUCGGAAAAUUUCCAGACGCGCACGCUGUCCGAGUGUCCGCCGAUGCAAAUCUUGGCUAACAUGUUGUAUGGCGAAGCCCUUCUGUACCUGGAUGGUCCAAGCAGAGAUGGGGAGUCUGCAAUGCUGGUAGCUCAGGCCAUAGAACAAACGAAGCGCGUCCAGCCUGAAGUCUUGAACGCCUUGGCACGCACAUGGCCCCUAGACAUGGCCACCCAUCGCUUUCAGGAGACUUUCUUGGCGCUGCAGGGGAUGGCCAAGGGAGAUCGGAAACUUGACUUGGUGCAUUUUGUGCUGUGCCGCUGUGAUGAAGAUCUCAGCUGGUUGGAGGAGCUGCUUGAGGGGAUGCAAGCUGGUGGUGUGUACCUCUAUGAGACCUGUGGGCAUGAUGAGCGGCUGAAGGACGGCUUCUUUGAGAAGUUGAGUCCAGAGGUGGUCAGUGGCGCAACAGCAAAGGGCCCUAAGGGAUCCUGCCCUGCGCAGAUUGCGUUGACGCAUGUGCUACGCUACAAGUUGGAUUUUCCGGAGUUCUUGCUUUUCUUGCCGUCAGCCGCACCUUUGGAGCAAGAACGUUACUUCUACCAGCUGGUGCUCAACAGCCUCCUCAGCCACACCCUUACUGCCGACUUCGUAGCUUUAGGCUCAACAAGGGCGCCUCCAGUUUCGCUGGAUAUGUGUCAAAGAAGCCUCAUUCAAUCUGGAGUCUUGCCUAUUUGGAAUUAUCCCUUGGGCGACUUUGGGUUUGUUCAACAGAGAUUUUCGAGUCUUUUCUGCUGAGGGAAACUGUGGAUGAUUCUUUCCCCUGGAACGGUUCAUGUCUACUCCUCGGAACAUGCACCACCACCUGACAUAACUUUCAAGAGGUACUGACUUGAGUCCAAGCUUGUACGGAAUGGAUGGUUUCAGAGACCCUACAGUGAGGCCAUGCAACCAGAGCCCCACCAGCACUGAAGGUGCUUUUCACAUCUCUUCAUUUCUGUUAGCCCAUGUUGUGCAAGAUGUGUGCCGCGAAGCGUGUUAGAUGUUCGCCAGUGUUCAACCCAGCCGAUAAGAAACAGGGAGGCAUACCAGGCAUACCAUUUUCCGCGGUCCAUGGACUCCAGGCUAUGAAGGAUCGCGCUUCCUGGUCAGUGCCAAACGACUGGUCGAGUCCAUAGACCGGGUGGCUUCUUUAAUGGCAGCCUUCGCAGAAAGCGGCUGCACCACGGUGGAGCUCGAAGAGGCCAUUGCCAAUUGGUGGCAUAUCGUUUUCGGUGAGCCUGCCCAGCUGCCAAUCCGCGCAGAGGAUGAGCGUUUGCCGAUGUUUCUGCGUGUGGCUGAUGGGCCAUCUGGAUUUUCCAGGACUCGGAUGCCCAAAUCCUCUGAUUAUCUGAAUUGGGCAGCUACCGACCUGGACGAAACAUAGAAUUUAUGGAACAAAAGACAACUAUAUAUCUAUGUACACAUGCAGCAUGC